UCACGAGCUGGGCAGCAGGCUCCAGAGCUAGUCGGUCCUCGCGGCUCAGCCCGCUCCCCGCGCCCUAUGUGAGGGACCCGGGGAGGCCAGCGGCGCAGGGGAGGGCGAGGCAUGUGCACGGGCAAGGGGGUGCUGCAGCCGCCCGAGGGAGAGGAAGGCGGCGGUGAGGAGAGCGGGGGACUCGGGGCGGUGGGCCCGGGCCGAGGGGAUGCAGCGGACUGUGUGUGUCUGGCAGUAGCUGACACGAGACGGCGAAGAAGCGCCGGAGAUCUGCUAGAAGGGCGACCAGGAGGAGGCGGCGGCGGCGGCCGCCAGAAGUAGCAGCAGGACGGGAGGCGGUGGAGACGGCAGCCCUGAAAUGCAUUUUCCUCUCCAGCGGCCAUGUUAACCAGGAAACCUUCGGCCGCCGCUCCCGCCGCCUACCCUACCGGCCGAGGAGGGGACAGCGCUCUUCGUCAGCUUCAGGCUUCCCCUGGGCUUGGAGUGGGGCCCCCCCGGAGCGGAGUGGGGACCGGCCCGCCCUCCCCCAUCGCCUUGCCGCCCCUGCGGGCCAGCAACGCUGCCGCCGCAGCCCACACGAUUAGUGGCAGUAAGCACACCAUGAAUGACCACCUCCAUGUCGGCAGCCACAGCCAUGGACAGAUCCAGGUGCAGCAGCUGUUUGAGGAUAACAGUAACAAGCGGACAGUGCUCACGACACAACCAAAUGGGCUUACAACAGUGGGCAAAACAGGAUUGCCGGUGGUACCGGAGCGGCAGCUGGAGAGCAUCCAUCGGCGGCAGGGGAGCUCCACCUCUCUGAAGUCGGUGGAAGGCAUGGGGAAGGUGAAAGCCGCCCCCAUGACACCGGAACAAGCAAUGAAGCAAUACAUGCAAAAACUAACCACCUUUGAACACCAUGAGAUUUUCAGCUACCCUGAAAUAUACUUCCUGGGUCCAAAUGCAAAGAAGCGCCAGGGCAUGACAGGUGGGCCCAACAAUGGUGGCUAUGACGAUGACCAGGGAUCAUACGUGCAGGUGCCCCACGAUCAUGUGGCUUACAGGUACGAGGUCCUCAAGGUCAUUGGGAAGGGAAGCUUCGGGCAGGUGGUCAAGGCCUAUGACCACAAAGUCCACCAGCACGUGGCCCUGAAGAUGGUGCGGAAUGAGAAGCGCUUUCACCGGCAGGCUGCGGAGGAGAUUCGAAUCCUGGAACACCUGCGGAAGCAGGACAAAGACAACACCAUGAAUGUCAUCCACAUGCUGGAGAAUUUCACCUUCCGCAACCAUAUCUGCAUGACGUUCGAGCUGCUGAGCAUGAACCUCUAUGAGCUCAUCAAGAAGAAUAAAUUUCAGGGCUUCAGCCUGCCUUUGGUUCGCAAGUUUGCCCACUCCAUUCUGCAGUGCUUGGAUGCUUUGCACAAAAACAGAAUAAUUCACUGUGACCUUAAGCCCGAGAACAUUUUAUUAAAGCAGCAGGGUAGGAGUGGUAUUAAAGUGAUCGAUUUCGGCUCCAGUUGUUACGAGCAUCAGCGUGUCUACACGUACAUUCAGUCCCGUUUUUACCGGGCUCCGGAAGUGAUCCUUGGCGCCAGGUACGGCAUGCCCAUUGAUAUGUGGAGCCUGGGCUGUAUUUUAGCGGAGCUCCUGACCGGGUACCCCCUCUUACCUGGGGAAGAUGAAGGAGACCAGCUGGCCUGUAUGAUCGAACUGUUGGGCAUGCCCUCCCAGAAACUGCUGGAUGCCUCUAAACGAGCCAAAAAUUUCGUGAGCUCCAAGGGUUAUCCCCGUUACUGCACUGUCACGACUCUCUCAGACGGCUCUGUGGUUCUCAAUGGAGGCCGUUCCCGGAGGGGAAAACUGAGGGGCCCGCCGGAGAGCAGGGAGUGGGGGAAUGCUCUGAAGGGCUGCGAUGAUCCCCUUUUCCUUGACUUCUUGAAACAGUGUUUAGAAUGGGAUCCUGUGGUCCGCAUGACCCCCGGCCAGGCUUUACGGCAUCCCUGGCUGAGGAGGCGGUUGCCAAAGCCUCCAGCGGGGGAGAAGACGGCAGUGAAAAGGAUAACCGAGAGCACUGGUGCUAUCACUUCCAUUUCCAAGUUACCUCCACCUUCCAGCUCUGCUUCCAAACUGAGGACUAAUUUGGCACAGAUGACAGAUGCCAAUGGGAAUAUUCAGCAGAGGACAGUCUUGCCAAAACUUGUUAGCUGAGCUGAGUCCCCCGAUGCUGGUAAUCUGAAAGAUACAAUACAAUGUUGCUGAGCCUUACUGGGUUGGAAAGGAGUAGCUCAGACCUGUUUUUAUUUGCUCAAUAACUCAACUCAUUUGUAUCUCUCCAGCACUUAUUUUAAUGUAAGAAAGUUGUUUGUUUUGUUUUUAUAAAAUACAUGGGGACAAUGCUUUAAGUUUUUAUACUUUCUGAAACUGGUUUUGUGUUCUAAACGUACGAUGAGCCUUACUGUACUUAGUGUGGCAGAGUAAUAAACAUCAGUGGCAGGCCAUUGAUACUUCAUGACUGCCACGCAUUUACAGACUGGUGUCAGAGACAUUCACUAUGUUCGUAUGGUUCCUAGUUUAUUCUCCCCAAGGUGAUUGAUUGCCCCCAAAGGCCCCCCUUCUCUCUCCAUGCUCCGGGUCCAGGUGCAGGUUGUAGCCUCUCCUGCCUCUGUUGUCCAUAGGUUAUCUGGGUAGUCGUUAAUGGUGGGAGGGGAGUGGUCAGGACAAAAAUGAGAUUUCAAGAAAAACUGCACCUUAGAGAUUUUUUUCUGAAGUCAUGCUCAAACAAAAUAAAAUCCUCAUGGUGGAAAUGAUCAGUUAGCAUUCUGACCUUCUCAGAGCUGGCCAGCCAGACCUGGUGGGUAAAUAGAGAAGUGUGUGUUCCUCCAAACCUUCUAAAAUGAUCGGCUAGCUGUUUUCUAAAGAGGCCUCAUGUUACAGAAUUGGUCUUGCACCUAAAUUUAGAAAUGUAUUCCAUGAUAUGUUCCUCCCUUCUCUUUGCUUUUCUUCUUCGUUACUCUUUUACCACACAUCCGUUGCUUGCAUUAAGAUUUUUUUCUUCCUUCAAACAGAUAUCCUAGACUGUUAAUACAGAAAAGAGACAUUUCAGCUGUGAUUAUGACCACCGUUUCAUAUUCCAAUUUAAAAAAGAACAGCAGCCUAGCUACUGAAGGUGGGGAUUUCACAGUUCCAAAGAAGGGUUAAUAGAUUAGCAUGAGUUCCCACUUUCUAGGUACCACUGUAAGGUUCUCUUAGCCUGGGAAGUAUCAACAUGUUUUCUUUAAAAAAAAUAAGAAGAAGAGGGUUGAAAAUCCUCUUGAUGAGCAGAAGUCAUUGUAGCUGUUCUAUAAGGCCAAUUUUAACAGCAAAUUUAAAGGAGGAAAAGUUCAACCUCAAGUUAAAUGGUUUGAUUUAUUCUUUGUAUCAUUAGAAGAACCACAGAAAUUGCAUUCCUCUAUUUCACUUUCUUUUGGAUUGCACUGACUGUUUUUGUGAGAAUGACACUUUACCUGGAAAAGUAACUGAGAGUUAAAAGUAAAUGACUAUUUUCUUCUCUGAAUGAUAAUUAUUUUCACAGUGGAAAUUUCAGUAUUUUAUCACUAAUGUAUGAGCAGUGGUAUAUAUCAAUUGCAAGGCACGUGAAAAAAAUUUUUAGUAUGUGCAAUUUAAUAUAGAAAGAUUUCUGCCUGUUUGGAAAUAGGUUUGGGUAGUGUAAGUUAAGAUAAAUACUCUUUUAUAUGCACAGAUAUUAUUGUAUUGCCUGUAAAUUGAUUUACAAGUACUUAAAGCAUGGUCCCCAGUGAGGCCAAGAAAGUUUCCGGUUUAAGUUUUUUUUUUUUUUUUUUUAAUAUUAAUCCUACAGUUUUUCUUACUUU